CAGUGGGAUGAAUGACUCUGAUGUUUCGUCUGAGAGUGGAGCAAAGGAUGUGAUAUCUGUUCACUCCAAUGACCCUGACACCAACUUCCUGCCCAAAGGAACGGUGUUUGUGCUGCCGGAGCCUGUGGGAAAUGAAGGCAAUGAUUUUCGCAGCAGACGAGAUCAAAGAGAUGCUGCUGACAGACGGAAAGGAUACGAGAAUGAGAGGGUAAACUGCACUGCGUGCGGUCAGCAGGUGAAUCCUUACCAGUGUGACUCAGUCUAUAGGCACCACAAGCUUAACGUGCUGAUCUGCAAGAGCUGUUUUAAGUAUUAUAUGAGUGACGACAUCAGCAAUGAUUCGGAGGGGAUGGACGAGCAAUGCAGGUGGUGUGCAGAAGGAGGCAGUCUGAUUGGCUGCAAUUACUGCAGCAAUUCCUUCUGUAAGAAAUGUGUGCUGCAUAACCUGGGUAGGAAAGAGCUGUCCAGCAUCCUAGAAGAAGAAAGGAAAGGGUACUGUUAUGUGUGCAGUCCCAAGCCAUUGGUGGAAUUGGUGUUGGCAACUUGGAACAGGUUCAAAAACCAAGAUCAGUUCGAGGAAAAACUUUCCUGUGGUUAGAGCAUGGCACUAGCAAUGCCAAGGUCAUGGGUUCGAUCCCAGGGGAUUGCACAUAGUCAGAAACAAAUGUAUAAUGCAAUGCAAUGUAAGUAGCUUUGGAUAAAAGCGUCUCCCAAAUGCAAAAAUGUAAAUGUAAAAGCAAAGGGUGAUCACGGAGCGCCCUUUGUGAUAAAGCCUGGAGGAAGCCCGGUGCCCUCGGCAGGCCUUUACCAACGAAUGCAAAGGUUUGUAGACGUUACUUCAUCUCUUAACCACUCUUUCAAGGCAAUCGUUCCAAGUGGAGCAGGGGAGGAAGUGAAGGAGGAAGAAAUGAGAAUUGGGAAGCUGAGGAUGUUUCGUGCCGUCUUGGAUGAUCUACAAGUAGCCAACAUUGCAUUACAGGAAGCCCAGGACCAUGAGCUGACCAGUGACAAACAUUGCAGCGGUGUUGCUAUAGAAACUAAUAGGCCAAAAGGGAAGGCAAAACGGAGAAAGUCAAUGCCGCCACAGAACUCUGCUCUCACUAAAGAGCUAGUGGUCAAACUCACUCCUGUACUAGUCUGCAAAGGAGCUAUCACCUCCACCUCUCUUUCCAUCCCUCCAUCACCUGAAAGACAAAAGACAGAGAGCAGCA